AAAGCAGAAUUCCAGAUUGUUCAAAUCACCGACCAAAAUGGCUGCCGUUCAAAAGCAGACAUUGCCUUCGUUUUCUUCCAUCAUUUCUGUUUUGUCUAUUGUGUUUUGCUGCGUUGGGUUUAGAAGAGUAGAACUUGAGAUGAACGAGCAGAGGAACAGAAUAAACGCUCUUGAAAACGUUGCAGAGGCCAAGCCGAAGUCAAACGACGCAGACAUGAAAAUCAAGAAUGCUCCUGAAACUCGAGCACUCCAUAAAAGCGGACGUCAAGUUGUAUCAACUAAGAACGCGUCAGCAACUGACAGCACAGCGGAAACGAUGCUCAAAAUCAACAAAAUCUUAUCAUCCGGGAGAUUGUACCUCUGUCAGUCCAAAGGUGUCACGUGCUCAUCAGGUCCUCCAGGCCCUCCCGGUCCACCUGGGACAAAAGGAGCCCGGGGAGAAAGGGGACACAGAGGAAGAACUGGAAACAAGGGAGAUCAAGGCAUUAUGGGAUCGCCAGGAAAGAGAGGCAAGCGAGGCAUUAUGGGACCUGCGGGGAUAAAGGGAGAGCCUGGAAUCAAAGGUGAGAAAGGAGAGAUAGGACCCGCAGGCAUGCCGGGAAGCAAAGGCGAGCCCGGCGAAUCGGUUUCAGCACCUGCUGCUGUUGUUUCUCCUGUGACGUUAACAGUGAACGAAGGUGGAUCAGCCUCGUUUCAGUGUUCAGCCAGCGGUAAUCCUGAGCCUGCAUUAGUGUGGAGUCAACUGAACAGUCAGUCAGAAAUCACUCAAUCAGCGGUUUCUGGAGGAAAGUUGCAGUUAAAACACGUGACCGUAAGUGACGCAGGCUUGUAUCAGUGUUCAGCAACAAACAUCCUGGGAUAUUCACGGAAAGUGGUCAGAUUAACAGUAAAUGGUCCUCCUCGUGUCGAUUUACAUCCGGGACCUUCUUACGUCAUCGAAGGAAGUAGCGUCACUUUACCUACCUGUCACGUGACCGCAUACCCAGCUCCUGUGGUCACCUGGAGGAAGUCAUCUGGUCAGUUACCCCAGGGGAGGGCGCAGUAUAACAACACUGCUUUACAAAUCUCAAAUGUCCGUAAAGUUGAUUCUGACGCUUACUUCUGUUCAGCAGUCAACCUUUUAGGAAAUGUUGAAAGAAAAACUCUAUUAGUUGUGGUUUCCCUUCCUGUGUUCACCGUUAAACCGCCUGGAAAGGUUUCAGUUGGUAUUGGCACUACUUUAGCUUUGAACUGCAGCGCCAUCGGUGAUCCACGACCAGUCAUUAGUUGGAAAAGACAGGGAGCUGUACUACCUGUGAGGAGGAGUCACAAGACAGACGAUGCGCUUGUCUUGAGAGAUUUGAAAAAAGAAGAUGUAGGGAACUACAUUUGUGUGGCUACAAUUGCAGGAGUGUUUGAUAUCGAAGCCAUAAGUUAUGUUGAAGUUUUAGCGCGAGCUAAAGAUUGUUCUGAACUGUUGAAAUCAGGCCAUACUCAGAGUGGAGUGUACUCUAUCAACCCAGACGGCACAGGACACUUCAGUGUCUACUGUGACAUGCGCACUGACGGUGGAGGCUGGACCGUGUUUCAACGAAGACAGGAUGGCUCGGUAGAGUUCUAUCGGGGAUGGGACGACUACAAAGCAGGCUUUGGUCAGCUGACUGCUGAGUUCUGGUUAGGAAAUGACAAUAUCCACAGGCUGACGGCCUCUAGACCCAGCUCGCUACGAGUGGAGCUAGAGGACUGGAACGGAGGUAAAGCGUACGCCAAAUAUGGCAAGUUCAACAUUGGUAAUGAACAGGUGCAGUAUCGACUUGAAGUAGGUUCAUAUUCAGGGACGGCGGGAGAGUCGUUAGGAUAUCAUAAUAACAUGGCGUUUACUACGAAAGACAGAGAUAAUGACAGACAUAGCAGUAUGAACUGUGCUGUAUCAUUUUCUGGUGCCUGGUGGUACGACGGUUGCCACUACUCCAAUCUAAACGGAAAAUACCUGGGAGACACAACUAGUUCCCAAGGUGUCAAUUGGUACCACUGGAAGAGUAAGUUUGUCUCACUCAAAUUUACUGAAAUGAAACUGAGGCCGUCAUCAUAAAAAAUAAUACCAGUUAAUUACACCUGAAGUUUUACAAUUAAUUUUGUUAUGUUAUACAAUUGUACUUAAGUCCAAAGUAAAUUUUUUCUGCUGUUUUUCAUUAACGCUCGGUCUUUCCCCUCCCCCCUCACCUUCCUCCAACUUUACGCUUGCUUUGUUUCUAAAUUUUUUGUGUCCGGCUACAAAGAAAAUGAAAACAGUCCGCGUAGACAAGUAACCAGUGAGAAUUUCUCGAUUCCCUUUUGAUUAUGGACUUUCGGUAUUGGAAAUUGUUGACAACUAUACUUCGUUAAAUAUUAACAUUAGUUUGGCUUCAAUGCAUGAUAAUUUCCCGCGAAACUAGAAUUGAAAACCCAAUUCUUCGUGAAAUAUGAUUUUGUAUUGUUUUAUCAUUUUGAGAGAGACCGACUCUGGGAGCCUUUUUCGUCCCCAAACCCCUGAAUCCUUUGUUUUACCAUAUUUCUUUGUCACGGCAGGACCCAGCGGCGAGGCUGGGCUAUUGUGGCAAGGCACAGGUGACUUUUAGUAAGUUUAGUUUGUGUUGUAUGAAACAUUUCAAACAAAAAGCCUGUAAGAAACUUGCAAAAGAUCAAGAAAAUGGACCAAAAACAGCAAUCAGCGCGUUACUGUCCGGCUAAGAGGCAUCGAAGGAAAGCCAGUGGAGAUAAAAAGUAUCACCUUCAACAGCAAAUGAAACAAUUCCGCUUGCCAUUGAUACUCUGUUUGCUUUUCCUCGAUCCUUCAAUGAAUUCAUAAGAAAAAGCUUAAAAAAGCGUAACUUUCACGGGAACAACUGUAGAAGAGGAGCUAAAGAAGAACCAACCUUGAUAGAUUGAUCGUUGCAUUUUUCCUUCAUUACAAAAAGAAGCGAGAAGCGAGUACCGUGGACGAUAUCAAAUCUAUUAGCUUUGUAGUAGGCUCCUGACAUGCCAGUCAAAUAGAAAUUAAUAAAUUUUCCAACAAGAAAGAGGAACGUUCCAGAAAGUUGUUUCAUAUUAGUCUCAUUCGACACUUUCUGCUCGCGUGAAGAUACGUCAAGGCAGGUAAAACUGUUUAGUAGGCAGUAGAAUUGUAAUAGGAUUUUCUGACGAUACAAUUUCCCUCGGCUCUUUUUUUUUUUCAUGGCCAGAAAUUCCGGACAUCGAGUCUGUUAAUUUUCGUGCGGCAUACGUCUAGCACACAUUUUAGUGGUGCAUACCGCUGUUCAGUACGGCGUACUUCGGGCUCAACGACAUUACAGAAAAAGUUGUUGUACAAAAAGACGUUGUUGGGCAUGUAAAUAACUGCUGACCGAAGUAAUUGCAUAAAAGUAAAAACUAGGGAAAAUUUUCUGCCUUUCAAACGAUGUCUUUUGGAGCAAAAUCGGACCAUUUGCAGCCGAAAUAUCGCCGUGCAAAGACAGCGGAUUUGGGGAUGUUAGCGUGGCUGUUUACGAGCUUGCUUUCCGUCAUUUUGCACGCUUUUUAAAACCAAAAAGCAGAGCGAAGAAAUCAGCAUCGCAGGUGAAAAUUGGUCAAAUAGUACAUCAUACGGUGCUUUUCGUCAAGCGAUCGCGGCACUUGGGAUAUCCUGAUUAUGUUGUCUGUUACAGAGGAUCAAAAUCUUCUUGGGAUGCAAAAAUGGGAUUUCAAGCCUCUGUUCUCUAGAGCAUUGUAUGGGCCAAGCUUCGAAAAUAAACAUCGAUGAAAAGCAGGGUCAGUAACAUUUGUUGAUGAAAACCAACUUAUCAGAAUAGCCGAGGAAACUUUCAAGAACUCUACCGGAUCGCGGCACUUGUUCCCGGUAAGCCAGAACGUGCUCUAUUUUAUUUUGUUUUAUUUCUGCCAUACAUUUCCUUUGAGUGUUUGGCGGCCAUAUUGUCAAGUAACCUCGCGAGUGCGCCGUUGCGAUGUCCGGAAUUUCUGGCCAUGGUUAAACGUGACAUGGCCAUCUUAUUUCUGAGAAGAGUAAAUUUUCCAUUUUCUUCUUUGUGAAAGGUGAUAUUCACUUCCCCUUCACCAACCUCUUUCUAAAAAAAAUGAUUUUUUUAAAAUAUUUUUUUUAUUUGAAAAAAGGUGCUUACGUCAUUUCAAAACUACAAUUCAAAUUUUGAGCCACUAAAGUAAGAAACAUUUCACUUUUAAGUGAAUGUAAGACUUAGCUUUGCCCCUGAUUGAAUAUCUGCCUAUUACCUAUAUUUGGUUGUUUUUAAGAAACCUGUAAAAAGGGAUUGUACACUGCAUAUAAUGUAUAUUUAACAAAUGAUAAACGCCAUAGCGUGUACUAUUGAGUUAUGGAUGCACGC